AUGCCGGAUGAGGACGAUAUGGAGCGUAGUAUUGAGGAGGACCUUGAGCUAGGAGCAAUUAAAGAGAAUCUCAUGUGGAUUGGUAAGCUUCUCGUUCGUGCAGGUGCAACUGGGAUAUCGGGUAGAUCGGUGAGUGGAUUGCGAGAAAUGCAGCGCACACUCCCGACUUGCUCGUCUCUGGAAACCAAUAUCGACUAUCAAGGUGCUGACGUUGGCAACGCUCACAGUGCCUCAGUGAACGGGUGCUGCUCGAUAUGCUCCAAGACGAACGGUUGUCGUGCGUUUACCUGGACAAACUACAACGGAGGAACCUGUUGGCUUAAGAGCUCCAAGGGUGGUUCUAAUAGCAACCCUGGUGCUGUAUCUGGAGUUCUUCAGACGUCAAAUUCUGGAUCGUCGGUGGACCCAGCUUCAGCAAAGUACUCCGUUGCGGCCUACGCUGUUGGCGACUGGGGUCAAACUCUGGACAUGAGCUCUUGCUGUGGUGGCACAUACAACAACUUCGACCUCCACGCCCAGGAAAUUGUAGGAAAGCUUAUGGAUAUCCAAGCCGGUACUGCCGUGAAGCCCAAGGCUGUCCUUGGACACGGUGACAGCUUCUACUGGACGGGUAUCGACAGUCUCGAGAGCCGUGACUCGCGUUUCCAAACGACCUAUGAGUCCAGGUACAACGGUGACAACAUCAAGAAUGUGCCCUGGGUAAACGUCAUGGGUAACCAUGACUACGGUGGUGCCAACUACGUCUGCAACGUCGGUGACCAGCUCGUCCAAUGCAACAGCACGGCCGAAAUGCUCCAGGGGCUUGAGAACAAGUUCCGGUACCAGGCGGACUACACGAGCCCUAACGACAAUCGCUGGGCAUUGGAUGACCGCUUCUACGUGCGCCGUAUUGAAGACGCUGCAACCGGAGUGAGCAUCGACAUCUUCAACAUCGACAUGAACGAUGCCGACAUCGCCGGCUCGCAUGGCGUCUGCUGUCAGUGCUACGGGUACGCUAAAGACGACAACGGUGGGUGCGGCAGCAUCGCUCGUGGAGACAAGCACUGCUGUGGUGGAGACAACGACAUGUACGAUACGUGUAUGGCCAAGUUCGUGCAGUGGGCAGAAGACUCGCGCACGCAGCUGACCAAGCAGGCAAAGGCGUCUACUGCUACGUGGAAGAUCGUGAACAGCCACUUCAGUCCGAUCCAACACUACAAAGAGGACGGCAUGCACAAGUGGCUCGAUGCGCUGAAUGGUACCGGUAUUCACGCUUUCAUUUACGGCCACACCCACGGAGAGAAGCACGACUACUCGGAUUCGUUGCGCAUCCAUUUCGUCGAGAAUGGUGCUGGUGGAGGUACGAAGAAGGAAUUCGCGAGUACCAUUCCGUCGUUUGCGACUCAGUACGUCAAGAAGGAAUGGGCGUACACGGGCGACGAGUACGGCUUCUUCUCUGUGGAGGGGUCGAAGGAUUGGCUCAAGCUGCAAUACCACACAGCUGACAGCAAGUGGAAGUUCACGGAGAACUGGGCAGAUAUGACGAUCGGGGGUGUGGCGACGAAGCACUGCUGGUACAUCCCUCGUGAUGGCUCCGAGGGUAAGGCGUGCUAA